GCAUACCGAAUCUAAUGAUUCAGCGGAUGUACCGCGAUGUAGUAAAGAUGCAAAUGGUUCUGAAACUUACACUCUGAAAUUCUCAUACACUGUGUCGUGCAAUUUGCCCACUUUUCAGGGGGUUUAGGCUACAAAAACAGUGCUUACAUAUCUUCAUUGAUGUUUUGUGCCAUUAUGGUGUAGAAUUUUAGAAAUUUGCAAAUUUUGUAAUAUAUUUCACUGAGUUUUUAAGUAGAUCCUUCCUCAAUAUGUUGUACCUAGAAGACUAUCUUGAGAUGAUAGAGCAUCUCCCACAGGAGUUACGAGAUCGUUUCACAGACAUGCGUGAAAUGGAUUUAGGUGUUCAAAAUUCUAUAGAUGGACUGGAAAAGAAGGUGAAAGGCUUUUUUGCCAACGCUAAAAGGCUCCCAAAGCUCGAAAGAGAUGCUGAAAAUGAUUGUAUUCGUAAAGAAUAUUACAAAACUUUAGAGGAUGCAGAUGAAAAAGUACAAUUAGCAAGCCAAAUGUAUGAGCUGGUUGAUCGGUAUUUAAGACGUCUUGAUGCUGAGCUCUUCAAAUUUAAAAUUGAGCUUGAAGCGGACAAUGCUGGAAUUACUGAAGUUCUAGAAAAAAGAUCUCUAGAGCUUGAUGCUCCGCCACCCAGCAGUCGAGAGAAAGAAAACCGCUAUUCUUUUGGAUCUAGAGCGUCAAACACACAUGGGAAACAGAAAAAACGUCGCGACUCCAGCGCUGUGGGGAGUGUCGGGGUUGGCGGGUCGUCGGACAGCAGGAGUUCUAGUCACAGCUCGCUCCAGCACGGCCACCGGGACCAUCACGGCCAAGGCCACCGCGAGAGCCACUCCAACCACGCCCACCGUGACAGCCACGCUCACCACGCGCACCGAGACGGCCACGCCGGGCACCGCGACGGCCUCGGCGUCCACCGGGACAGUCACGGCGGCCACCGCGACGCCGGGCAUCGCGAGGGCCACGCCGGGCAUCGCGACGGCCACGCCGGCCAUGCCAGCCACCGAGACGGGCACGCGCACCGAGAGAGUCGCGAGGGCCGCGACGGUCACCACCGAGACCACAGCGUGCACCGCGACCAUGGCCACCUCGUCCACCGCGACCACGGCCACGGCCAGGGCCACGCCCAGGUCGCGCACCGCGAGAGGGACCACAGCGCGUACCGCGAGUCGCAGGCCACGAUGCAGGCCCAGGCGCAGGGCGGCCACACGUACGGCCUGAGCGCCGGCAUGGCCCACAAGGACCGCGACCGGUCGCGAGACCCCAGCAGGGACCGCGACCGAGAACGCGGCGGCGGCGGCCACUUUGCUCAGAGCCACCAGCACGCGCAGCAGCUGCACGGCCUCGGCCACGGCGUCCUGGAGCGCGACGCCUCGCCGGCCACCUCCACCAGCUCUGGGUCGCGGCACCAGGACCGGCACCAGGACCGUCUGCCCGACCGGCACCAGGACCGGCACCAGGACCGCCUCCAGGACCGCCUCCAGGACGCCCACGGCGUCCCCUACGGCCUCGGACACAUGGGUGCCGGCGGAACCGCCAUCGCGGCCGCCGCGUCCCAGGCCAUCGCCGCCACGCAGCAGAUUGAGAGGAGUGCCCAAGGAGAUACCAAGGAGAUGCAGCAAGGUCGUCGCACAGCAAGUCUCAAAGCAUCAUAUGAGGCCAUUGGGGGGUCGCAUUCCCAUGAUUUUGCAAUUGGUCGUGAAAUUGCUGGAGCUGCCCAGACUGCUCUGGCUGCAAUACAUGACAUCCCUAAGAAGAAAAAGAAAUCCAAUGCUUCUAACUCUCAUGCACUGUCAUCAAGCUCCUCAGGCUUGGGAUCAUCAUUAUCAAGUCAGCAGGGGUCUUCCUCAGCCAGUCUGUCCAAUGACCUGCUUCCCUUAGCUGGGGAUGCAGGAGAUGAUGGACUGAUGGACCCCAAUGGCGACGGACUUGGCGAUGGAGACAACCCAGACUGGACUUACGAUCCAAAUGAACCACGAUAUUGUCUUUGUAAUCAAGUCUCGUAUGGUGAUAUGGUGGCUUGCGACAAUGAAGAUUGUCCAUUUGAAUGGUUCCACUACGCUUGUGUCAAUAUCACUGCACCGCCCAAGGGAAAAUGGUACUGUCCACAGUGCUCAUCAUCUAUGAAAAGAAGAAGAAAAAACUAGCAUAAGGCCUCCCGUAGGGAUAGCCCUACGG